AUGCCUGUCCUAUCCCCACCAACACCCGCCCCAUCGCCCCGCCCACAGAGUCACGGCACAUCGUCUUCGUUGACAUUUCUUGACAUUAAUGACCCUUUUCAACUGUCUCGUCGGGAAUUUGCCUCGCUAUCCGCUCUCGGACCCUCACUUCGUCGGCAAUAUUUAGCUGCGCUUCUCGCAGACUGCAACCCCUCCGAGCUCCUUUUCAUUUCUACCACUAUUGCACCGCUGCUCAAGAGGGAUUUCUUGAAGGAGCUUCCGGCCGAACUUGCGCUUCAUGUUCUGAGGUUCGUCGAUGAGCCGAAGACGCUCGCCCGGGCGGGUCAAGUUAGCCGCUACUGGUGUGGUCUACUGAAGGACGAAUCUCUGUGGCGGAGAAUGUGCUGCCUCCAUCGGUACGUCGGCGAAGUCGAAUCAGUGAUGGAUGUGGAUGAGAAGAGUGAGAUGUCGAGGGACGAAGAAGAAGAUGAGGAAGAGUUCCAACAAUUGGCCGCUCAGAGCGGCUCGACUUGGACCUCGAGACACAAUCGGCGGCCAGAGGGCCAUCCAUCCUACCACAGCCUAUUCAAGUAUUCUUUCGCGACAGUAACUAACUGGCGCCGCGGCGGCCGCCUCCUCCGCACGCACCGCGUCCCCAUCGUCGACCCCGACCACGGCGUCGUCACCUCCGUGGCCCUCGACACAGACUGGAUCGUCGCCGGUCUCGCCAACGCCCGCAUUCACGUCUUCUCAGCACAUACGGGGGUGCUCGUGCGCACCCUCGUGGGCCAUGAACUGGGCGUUUGGGCUGUCAAUUUGGUCAGUGCGGGCGGUGGGUGGUCGAGAGACUCUUCUCCGAGUGAUGAUGUGAGCGAGAAGAAGACGGAGAGGAGGGGCCCAGGGUUGGGCAGUACGAGUGGCGGUGGAAGGAGUCGGACAGACGCGCAGGAGGGUUCAGGCCCAGGGUUGGACCAUCUCUUGAGGCAUAAUAGGACUCCUGCGGGAACGAACGUCGUCAAUCCGCAAGGUCUGGAUGGAUUGUUGCCCCCGAGUUUGAGAGCAGCUUUGGGUCUGGACGCGCCGAGGAGGUAUCUGGGUAAGAUGGAUGCGGCGGCGGAGGCGAGGAGGAAGCAGGAUGAUGUUUGUGGAUCGAGUGAGGGGUGGGGACAGCCGAAUGCGUUGGUCGUCAGCGGGGGGUGCGAUAAGAUGGUUAGGGUGUGGGAUCUCAAGUCUGGGCACUGUAUCUAUGUCCUGCAGGGCCAUACCUCGACGGUUCGCUGUUUGAAGGUGCUGCAUAAUCGGCCGAUCGCAGUGACUGGCUCCCGAGACUCGACACUAAGGGUGUGGGACGUCCAGAAGGGUAAGAUGAUCCGGACGCUACAGGGUCAUACGCAGAGCGUAAGGGCUCUGGAUGUCUGUGGCAACAAGGUUGUCAGCGGGAGCUACGACUGCACUUGUCGGUUAUGGGAUGUCGACACCGGCGAAUGUAUCCACGUCUUCACAGGUCACUUCCACCAGAUCUAUUCCGUGGCUUUCGACGGCGAACGCGUCGCCAGCGGUGGCCUCGACACCACCGUCCGCGUCUGGGACGCCCGUACCGGACAAUGUCUUACCCUUCUCCAGGGCCACACUGCCCUCGUCUGCCAACUCCAGCUCUCUGCCUCCCUCCUCGUCACCGGUGGUGCUGACGGCCGCGUCAUCACCUUCGCCCUCUCCGACUUCACCGUCCGAAACCGCAUCGCCGCACAUGAUUCGUCUGUCACUGCGCUCCAAUUUGACGCAGAUUUCGGGUGGCUGGUGACGGGUGGGAAUGACGGCCGGGUGAGGCUGUUUGAGGUAGAGACUGGGAACUACGUGAGGGAGAUGAGCGAGGUUAGUGAGAGCGUUUGGAAGGUUGUGUUUAGGAGGGAGGUGUGUGCGGUUAUGUGUAAGCGGGCGGGGAAGACGGUUGUGGAGAUUUGGAGCUUUAGGCCACGUGAGGGUGACAGUGGAAGUAAGAGGGCGGAGAGGGUGAAAGAGAAGGGGGAAGAGGUGUUGGGGACUGCGAAUGGGAGUAUCACGGAGGUGAUGGAGUGAUUGGGGUGCACAUAUUCACCCACAGCCUAAUUUGAACGGGAGGUCGACGUCGUUCAUAUUUUCAUCUUGGUUCUUCUUCCUCAUCAUCCUCAUCUUGACCAUCCUAUUCUUACACCGCUAAUCCUUUCUAUCGUGUCUCAAUUCUGGUCGGACCAUGAGUCUUCUUUCUCUCACACUAAGUUAUCGUUUCGAUUUGUUUUGUGGAUUUUUUUUUCUUUUCCUUUUCGGAUGGUUCUAUGUCCC